AAAUCUGAGAUUUUGACCAAACAAACGAGGUAACAUCAAACAAGAUCUCACUGCAUGCGAACUGUAGUUCACCAUACUUUCCAAGAGCUAGAGAGCUAGCCGUCUAACCCUAAAAAUGGCAGAACCCUCAAGCUUUCACUUAGCCAUGUUCCCAUGGCUUGCCAUGGGCCACAUCACCCCAUACGUUCACCUCUCCAACGAGCUCGCUGCCAGAGGCCAUAGAGUCACUCUCUUGGUGCCCAAGAAAGCUAUCCUUCAGCUCGAACAUCUCAACCACCACCCUAACCUCAACCUCUCUCCAGUCACCGUCCCCCACUUCAACGGCCUCCCUGAGGGCACCGAAAUCGCCUCGGAAAUCCCCAUUCACAACAUCCAUUUUCUUGCCGCUGCAAUGGACCUCACACGCGACCAAAUCGAACACUUCCUGAGCGCAAACAAACCCGACUUUGUAUUGUACGAUGCUGCACAUUGGGUGCCGGAGAUUGCGAGGAAAAACGGCAUCAAGUCCGUUUGUUACAAUGUUGUAUGCGCUGCGGCUCUCGCUAUUGCGCUUGUCCCAGCGCGUCAGGUCCCCAAGGACCGGCCUAUUACCGCGAAGGAGCUAGGGGUCCCACCUGCUGGGUACCCGUCAACGACUGUGGUUCUCCAAGGACACGAGGCCCGGUCGUUGACGUUCAUAACGGAGCCGUUUGGGGACGGGAUCAGAUUUUACGAUCGGACCAUAAUUUGUAUGAAAGAAUGUGACGCUUUGUCCAUUAGAACGUGCAGAGAGCUGGAGGGUGAUAUGUGUGACUAUAUGGAAGAUCAGUAUAAGAGGCCGGUGCUUUUAACCGGUCCUGUUUUGGGUCUGGGAUCCGAUAACAACACUGAACAAUUAGAGGACCGGUGGGCGAAGUGGUUUGCUGGGUUUGAGGCUGGAUCUGUGGUGUUUUGCGCAUUCGGGAGCCAAUGGGUUCUCGAAAAAAGCCAAUUUCAAGAGCUCGUGUUAGGGUUUGAGCUAACUGGGUUGCCAUUUUUUGUGGCUCUGAAACCGCCGUUGGGUUGCGAGACAAUUGAAGAGGCAUUGCCGGAAGGGUUUGAAGAGAGGGUUAAAGGGAGAGGGGUGGUGGUUGGGAGCUGGGUGCAGCAGACAUUGAUUUUGAACCACCCAGCAGUUGGGUGCUUUGUGAACCAUUGUGGGUUUGGAUCAAUGUGGGAGUCUUUGAUGAGUGACAAACAGAUUGUGCUGGUUCCACAUCUUGGUGACCAAAUCUUGAACACCAAAUUGCUGGUUAAAAAGCUCGAGGUUGCUGUGGAGGUGGGGAGGGAAGAGAGUGGGUGGUUUUCGAAGGAGAGUUUGAGCAAAGCUAUUAAAAGUGUGAUGGAUAAGGAGAGUGAGGUGGGUGUUAUGGUGAAGAAGAACCAUGCAAAGUGGAUGGAAACGUUAGCAACUCCUGGGUUUAUGAGUGGAUAUAUCGAUAGGUUUGUUCAGAAGCUGAAAGAGCUUGUAAAUUAGCUUCUACCUUUUUUUUUUUUUUUUUGUGUAGUUGCACGUUUAUUGUUUUUAUUUGCUUGUUUUGUGUUGAAAUUUAAUGUUACGUUUUAAUUAGGCUUCUACAUUGUAAGAAACAUUAUUUGUCUUAAUAUGUUGGGGUUG